AUGGCAACAAACACCCACAACUCCCUCGACGACAUCUUCGGCUCCUCGCCUCCCCACGAGCACGAGCACGAACACCACCAACACCAAGACCUCCAUCCCCAACCACCACCGACCCAAGCCCCCGAACCCUCCGACCUCCCCUCCCUCCGCCGCCAGCACGUCACCGCCGGUUACCGCGACGGCAUCUCCGCUGCCAAGGGCGCACAGGUGCAGCGCGGCUUCGAUGCGGGGUUCCCCGUCGGCGCACAGCUGGGGAUGAGAGCGGGGACGGUGCUGGGGAUCCUGGAGGGUCUGGUGCGCGGGUACGAGGGCCGCGGGGGCGUGAAGAAGCCGGCGCAGCUGCAGCGGGGGAAGACGGCGUCAUCUGCGACGGAGGGCCAGGGGGAGGGGGACGCCGAGGCGGCGGAACGGAAGGCGAGACGAGAGGAGAUUCUCCGGCUAUAUACCCGUGCCGUGAAGGAGUUAGAUGUGCGGGCUGUGUUCUCGGGGGUGGAUGGGGCAUUUGCUACGGAGGGGGAUGAGGAGGAGAAGCCAGAGAUCCUGCUACGGCAGAAGGGCGAUGGGGUGGUCUCGCGGUGGGAGGAGCGGGUGCGUGUGGCGCACUGGGAGGAGAACAUGGAUGCGCUGGAGCCGAGGGAUAAGGAGGAGGAGGAGGAGAAGGCGCUGUCUGAGCAGAGCUGA